AUGCAGCAAGAAAAGACGUCUUCUGAGUCUGUGUCAGGUGAGCACGGCUUGAACAGGGCCUGGAUGGGACGUGGACACUCGUAUGAGGAGAAGCCCAUGUGGAACAAGUACUGUGUGGUCCCGGACUGUCAGAUGCUGCUUCUGAGUGAAGAGGAGGGUCGGCGUGCAGCCUCAUGUAAGACACAUCUUUUGAGACGCACCAUCAGUGUCCCGGUGGAAUCCAAUUUUCCAGAAUUCCACCGCCAGAUGUCCACCGAAAGCCCCUUCCCAAAUCUGACUCGUCACAUCGACAUGGAAACUGCGCCUCUACUCUCCCUCUGCUUCUCUCCUCUCUCUCUCCUCCCUCUGCCUCCCCCUGCUCUCUCUGCUUCUCCUUGCUCUCUCCUCUCCCUCCUCCCUCUCCCUCCUGCACUCUCCUCCCUCUGCCUCCCCCUGCUCUCUCGCCCUCCCUCUCUCAGCACUUCUCCAAAGCGAGGGGCUCAGUCAGACAGAUGUAACACAGUGGUAACGCUGAGCUGGCAGCAGCAGAACUUGAGACCUGACCCAAAAUCUACUCACGGAACAAACUACUGCAGUUCAGAGCGCUAA